AUUUCUUCUUUUAUUUUUAGGCUUUGGUGGUAAACCGGUUCACACGUACGGGCGCAAUCUGGCGCAAAGCCGUCGCCUCCCACAAGCCGUAACCUGGGGGAGGGGAGCUGUGUGAUAUUGUGCUAGGCUAGCAGCACCUGCGACAUGGCCCGUACCAAGCAAACUGCCCGUAAAUCCACUGGAGGAAAGGCGCCGAGGAAGCAGCUGGCUACCAAGGCAGCCAGGAAGAGCGCGCCGUCCACGGGGGGAGUGAAGAAGCCCCAUCGUUACAGGCCCGGAACUGUGGCGCUGAGGGAGAUCCGUCGCUACCAGAAGUCCACCGAGCUCCUCAUCCGCAAGCUGCCCUUCCAGCGUUUGGUGAGAGAGAUUGCCCAGGAUUUCAAGACUGAUCUGCGCUUCCAGAGUGCUGCCAUCGGUGCUCUGCAGGAGGCCAGCGAGGCAUACCUGGUGGGUCUGUUUGAGGACACCAACCUGUGCGCCAUCCACGCCAAACGUGUCACCAUCAUGCCCAAAGACAUCCAGCUGGCUCGUAGGAUAAGGGGAGAGAGGGCCUAAGCGCCCAGCGGCAGCGUUGCCAAGACAAAUAAUCCUAUUUAUCGUACUUAACCAUUUUGUGGACAUUUUUUAAUUUUGGGGGUAUUUUUUUUUACAAGGUAUUUGCUUUUUCUAUUGUAUUUUAGAUCAACCAUUCCACCAGCCUGAGUACUCUGUAGGUAGUUGGAAGUGUAGUGAAUUAGUUAUAUCUACCUAUUACAUGGGUCAUUACUGUGUAACAAUCAUGCCACCUUCUAAACUUCCACGUGGCUAUUUUGGCUCCUUUUUGGGAUGAAGUCAUCAGAUUGUGGAUGCAUUGUUCACAUCUUCCACGAGGGGGGGUCCAGUGUUUCUUCACUCAUCUACCACUUAGAACAAAAUGCCAGCAUGCCUUGCUCAAGGUCUCGCUGCAGUGAUCCUCCACUCGGCGACAACGAGCAUGGCACACUCUAUUUUUCUGGACUGCUUUUUACAUGUUUUCAAACAUAAAAUCUUGGCAGCUACAUUUAAUAUUUAUGAAAAUGUUGUCACAUGUCUUUCUAUUAAAGGUCUUUAUGAGUAGAAAA